AUGAUAAGACUGUUAACCUCGCUCUGUGCAUUUCAUGCCUGGCUAUCCGAAGUUGAAGACUCCCGAACAGAAGGUGGCUAUGUUGGCUCAGAAGAAGGGCCGUCAAGCGAUGAUAAAGAAUACUAUUUACUUUGUCGUAGACGUGCAUCCCCGGUAUUGAAACGACGUCGUUUAUCGGAAUCCGCACGAUUUAGUGAAGCUGAAGGAAGUAUAGUUUCAUGUACCGCUUUUGUACAUGUAAUGGAAAGAGUUGAUGGUACGGUUUACGUGCGAUUCUGCUUAGAGCAUGCUGGGCACGUUCCUUCCGAUCAGCUGAGACAAUCACCGCCACCUGUCGCAAGAGCCAAAAGAAAGAGGCAUGUGAUUGCUGGUUGUUUACUCAGCCGGGAAUACCUAGAACCUCAGUUUGCGCAUUUAGAUCGAAUCUUAAGCGCUCUGCUCAAAGCAUCAGUGAUACUUUAA